CCCAGCCAGUUUGAAAGUUGCACACUCAUAAAUACACACCACCCAGUGUCACGUUUCAUAACAGCUUUAAUUCAAACUUUCAAACCCCAUUUUUCCUCUCUUCUUCUGCCUUUCUACGGCUUUUCUGCUUCUGGGUCUUUGUUGAGAGGCUUUUCUCUCUUCCCGUUUCUGGUGGAAGUUCACUCUCUCAUCCUGAGAUGCUUUCAGAUCCUUCAACAGUGUUAGCUGAUUCAAACCGUUGUUCUUCUCUAAUUCCAAAUAUUUUCAUCAUCAAAGUUAUCCAUCUUUCUUUUUGAUGAUGAAAUAACCUUUGAUGCUGCUGCUAUUAGGCUCUCAUCAUUGCUAAGCUCCUGAUUCAAAAAGAGACCCAUGAACAACAAACCACUUUAGACUGCAUCUCAGAAGCCAAGGAGAGACUUUUUGAGCAAAGAAAACUUUCAUUGUUCCAUCAUUUGCCGUCUUCAAGCAUAUCAAAUGCCAAGAUCAAGGGGAUCUGAUUUGCCUCAAAGGCAGUCUCCACGAGGUCCUCAUCAACAUCGGACAUCAAAUUCUGAUUCCGAUCCAUUGCAUCAACGGCUGAUUGCUGACCGAAGUCCGAAGUUAGGAGACCGGCGCUCACCAAGAGGUACUCAAUCUGAGGCACUAAAUCAAAAGAAGCUAGGAACUCGCAUCGCAGAUUUGGAAUCUCAGCUUGGUCAGGCACAAGAAGAGUUAAAAGUUUUGAAGGAUCAGCUAGUUUCUGCUGAAGCUGCAAAGAAAGAAGCUCAAGAUGAGCUAGUGAAGAAAGCUGUGCAAUCAGUAGUUCCUGUGGUUGAGAAGUUCCAAGAGAAAUGCACUUCCAAGAAUGAUCAAGAGUCCAACAGAACUGAAACCAUACCCCAAGAUAUUGUACUGGGUGACAACCAACACGAGACUGAUGUGUUUGAAGUUCCAAUUGAGAAGUUGACAAUUAAAUUCGACAAACAUGCAGAUCAAUCAGAAAAGGAAGAUCUACCGUUUGAAGACUCAAAUGCACCAGCAAUAUCAAUGCCGGAAAAGCCUUCUGUGGACAAACAUGAACUGUCACUGAAGAUUGAUGAAAUUGCAUUGUUGAAAUCCAGUUUGGAAGAGAAAGGCAAGGAGUUAGAGUCCAUUACUAGUGAGAAAGAAAAUCUGAAGAACAAACUGGAUGAAGCAGUUUCAAAAGUGUCAACUGCUCAAUCCAAGGAAGAAGGAAUGUCCUUGCUGUUGGACCGACUGAGAGAAGAGUUGGAAACAAGUAAAGCCAAUACAGAGAAGUUGAAUGGGAAGUUAAAAUCUGUGGAAGCAGAAAAAGAAGGAUUAGAAGCAGAGAUGAAGAAGCUAAGGGUGCAAACUGAGCAAUGGAGAAAAGCAGCAGAUGCUGCAGCUGCAGUGCUUGCUGGGGGUGUUGAUAUUACUGCUAGAAUUCCUGAAAGGUGUGGUUCAAUGGAUAAGCACUUUGGUGGAACGUUUGAGACACCUGCUGGUAGGUACAAUGGCUAUGUGGGGUCUCCUGGUAUGGCUGAUGACUUGGAUGAUGGUUUUGGAGGUGGAAAGAGGAAGGGUUCUGGGAUUAGAAUGUUUGGUGAUUUAUGGAAAAAGAAGAGUCAAAAGUAAUUUCUGGUUUAUAUUCAGUGAGUGAAUUUACUAGUACUUUUUAACUAAGUUCAUGUUUUGAUGGUAGCAGAAACUGCAAAUACAGUUGCUUACUGCUUUGCACCUUCUGCCAUCCGUAGUCAUUUCUGGUAUUAUUAGGCCAUUAGUUAUGUAGUGUUACCGUUGCAUCAUCUGUGCAAGGUAGUAGCGAUGUGAACUUAUGAACAUUUUUUAACGCAUGUUUCACUUCUCCUAAGCUUUGAUGAAGGCAUUUUUACUUCAAAUGCUUGUUUUUAC